AUGUCCAGUCGUCAUCCCGGUUCCCUCGUCCCGAAGUCGUUGCACAGCCCCGCCCUCAUCAAUCUCAUGCGUCAGCCCGUCAACCUGGAGAUGAUCCGUCACAUAGUUCUCCAGACUAUGCGGGUCAUUCAGCUAGCUGAUGAUCCUGAUGUCUUGCCGACACCUCCGCAUACCCCGCUUAGGACGACGUUCAACGAGCACGAGUUGCAGACCCAUUCUCCAGCCUCCCUGCCGUCGCUCCAGAACUUCAUUAUCAUGAUCGUGAAGUCGUCCAAUGUGCAGGCGCCAACUCUGCUGACUACGCUGGUCUACCUGGAACGCCUGCGGUCGAAGCUUCCUAAGGUGGCCAAGGGCAUGGCUUGCACAAGACAUCGGGUGUUCCUCGCAACUCUCAUCGUUGCCGCAAAGUAUCUCAACGAUUCGUCACCGAAGAACAAAUGCUGGGGCGAAUACGCUGCUCUCUUUGACCUCAAGGAGAUCAACCUCAUGGAGAUGCAGAUGCUCUACCUGCUGGACUACGACCUCAGAUUCAGCGAACAAGAGGCUCUCGCUCAGUUCUCCGCCCUCCUGCCUCGUCUCUCGAGCGGUCAGUCGACGCGGGAAACACGCGCUGCUGCUGUCAGCCGUGCCAAGGCUCGAGUACAGGCGCACAUACCUCUGCCGCCAACGCCUCCGCACGACGCUACUGGUCUGCCGCUUCCUUCUCCAGCGGGCUCCUUGUCUGGUGUGCAGAAUCUCAUGAAGCGUCUCUCUUCUACGUAUCUAGGUGUCCCUUCUACUGGCAGCACUCUGCACUCUCGUGGUCCGCCUAGCGCAUCCUCGACCUGCGCUUCUUCUGACGGGGCAAGUACCUGUGGUGACUCCGAGGCGGGCUCUCUCACGUCGGACAGUGGCUCCUCUUCCCCUUCGUCAUCGGAACUGUCGUCCGAAUACGAAGUCGAGCCGAAGGACUCCGUGGGAUCAGAGUUCACGGAGCGCAAGUUUGUAAUGCAACCCGUACCUGCGUAUGCACUCAGGCAGGGUCGCAAAGUCUCGACCGCCUCGACAUGCACCGUCAGAUCGGACGCCACUGUCUCUUCGCUGAAGUCGUCCAGCAUCAAGGCAUCUCAGCCGCCUUCACCGUCGUUGGCCUCUGGCGAUACCCUCUCAAGCACCGCGUCCGCAUUUGGUGCUGGCAGAGGUGGCUCCGUGCGGUGCAACACGUUUGGCUACGCACAGGUACAGCGCGAUGGCUCCCCGCUGGUCGCUAGCGCGACAAUGCCUGUGAUCCCUCGCAACGUAACUGCCCCCACUGGCGGAUUUUUGAGCCGUAUGUGGGGCGCUGCCGUCAAGGGCCAAGACAAAGACAAGGAUAGUGCCGACGCCUCGGAAGCGUCCUCGGAAGCUCAUGGGACGGGCAGCACGUUCCGGAGACUCGCGCACUCGAAGUCAGCACUCUUCCGAAGCCAGCAUGUGCACCAAGUAGGUGCUUAG